UUGAUCUUUUUUCUUGCAAGUUCGCAAGUUAUGCAUGCGCCCGCUCGUUCUGAGCGCCAAUCCUCCGAAUGCAUAAUUUACCAGUGCGUGCCUUUCGACUGGCAGCAUUUGGCUUACAGAAAACACCCUUAGCGACACGUCCCGGUAGACUUUUUCACGCCUCAACCCGCGUAAGAGCUGCAGACGAUAGCAGCAACAGUGCUCCCAAAGACGGCGGGGAAAACCCCGAGAAUGAAACACAGACUUCAGAGGGUGACAGGGCGGAGGAGAACACACCUGGAGAGAACCUCUUCACGACAACUGAUGAGAGUUAUGGUCGUAAGAGAGCCGGGAACGGCUUGAGGACACGUACCACUAGGAAUCGCAAGCCUGAGGAGCUCCCCCCUGUGAAUCUGCCGAAGUCGUUUCUCUCUAGGGCUGUCUGCCGGUUUGAGGAUAUAAAUGCGAGCACCAGACUGAGUAGCAUAGAUGAAAGGGAUGCGCGUAUCAUUCUGGAGAAUGCAUUACUUGAUACAAAACCAGACUUCAAGUUUGAAGAGCACAUUGCUUACAUACUCGAAGCUGCGGCUUGGACUGAGGAAACCUUGAGUGAAAUCCUCGAGACUCUAAAAUCUGGUAUCGGCCUAGAUGAAAAUUUGAUCCAUAAAAAGGGCGAUAUCCUGGUGGCUGCCGCUUUCUGGUCUGCGCUUAGAUCAGCCCGUGUGAUCCACGGAGUCGAGACCGUAGAUGAACUGUUCGAACAGAAUUCAAUUUCGAGCUCUGGGAAUCUAUUUACGACUCUUAAUUACACGCAGCUGUUUGGGAAAAAGCGUCGAACACCACAUCCGAGCCAGGCCAAGGAGAUAAUCCAACGUGCGGUGGACGACUACGGUCUACAAGAACAUCCCGUCUCCUGGUUCUCACCCACCUUAAUUAGCGAGAUAACAACUUUUCUUCGCGCUGACUUAUUAGUCAAAGCUCCGAAGAAUGUGAAGAGUACAGAACUACGCCGCCCCAUUACUCUUCUCAACUUCUCUGACUACUCGGGAUAUUCCAUACCCCACGAUGUCGUCCGUCAUAUUGCUCAUAAGCUGGAGGCUGAUGUCCUGCACUUGAGAGCCGUUGAUAUUGCACAUAUCGUGGGAGAUUAUCUUGGCCAAGAUGCUGUUAGAGCUUCUGGAGCAGUCUCGCAAUUGGGGUAUAAAGCUGCGAUAAAUAAUGGAAGGCAACCCAAGAAUGGGAACGAAUUAGAUGCUUUCAAGCAAUCCUUGACCGUCUUUUCAAUUUUGUUGGACCGUGGUAGGGGUAAGAAAGAUGAUAGGAAAUCCACAACGGACGAACUACUAUACUCAUCGUAUCGCGGAAAGAACGAAGACUUGAAAAUCAACACGGCUUUAGAGGAGCUAAUCCAUUCCGCCGAUUCGGAAUCUACUGAGCAAAGGCCGCUCAUUGUUCAUGUUGAUGACUUUAAUGCACUUAAUAUGGACUUGGAGUGUGGUGCCAUGAUCAUAAGCAAGAUUCGAAAAAUCGUCGAUGGACUUUGGGCAGAAGGUAGAAAAAUUGCUCUAGUGGGCACCUCUUCGACUAGAGGUGCGCCGAGAGAAUAUUUGGCCGCACUAAGAGAACUUGAAUCGACAGAACGAAUAAUACAUCUUAGUACGGUUUCUUCGUCAGAAACGUAUACGUCGUCGCGCAUAGACUUAAGUGUAAGGCGAGUUACGUCCGACAUGAAGCGCGAUGCUUUAGAAAAGAAGGACUACAUUAGGGAAAAUGAUGGCAACAUUACGAAGGUAUUGUCAUCAAUGGUCGAGCAUCCUUCAGAUGCUACGAUAGCGACUACUGGAGAAAUAGGGCUGGAUGGGUUGCAUAGGAAUAAGUUACCAAUACCAUGGACAAAUAGCGUAUUACCGCUUAAUGAGGUAUAUCGCAUUGCUACUAUGAUGAUUGGCCAUCCUAAAACCACGAAUCCCUCAGAUGUGCUCAGCACCAAAUCUGUAGAAAAAGUCAUAUCUUUCAUCAACAAUAUCGAGGAUUCGAAGGAAGAGUCUUCCAAGACUGUAACUUCUGCAGAUGACCAAGAAAGCUUUAACCCAUCGGCGAGCAUAUUCCCAGGCGCAGAAUUCGACCAUGUAGAAAGACUCGAGUCAGGUCUUAUAAACGCGCAAAACAUCCGUACAACAUUUAACGAUAUCCACGCGUCGAAAGACACGAUCGAAUCAAUCAAAAUGCUUACCACGCUCUCCCUCAUCCGCCCGGAAGCUUUCUCCUACGGCGUCCUCGCCACGGAUAGGAUUCCUGGAUGUCUACUCUACGGCCCUCCGGGCACGGGUAAAACGCUACUAGCGCAGGCGGUGGCCAAGGAGAGCGGAGCCAACAUGAUCGAGAUUAGCGACGCCACCAUUAACAACAAGUACGUGGGUGAGAGCGAGAAGACGGUGAGGGCGCUGUUCCAACUAGCCAAGAAAAGGGAGCCGCUAGUGAUCUUCAUCGACGAGGCGGACGGGUUGCUAGGGAGCCGCGGAAGCGAAAGGGGGCUCGGAAGCGGGAUCCCGAGAAGAGAGACGAUCAACCAGUUCCUGAGGGAAUGGGACGGCAUGGAGAAGACAAAGGCGUUCAUCAUGGUGGCUACGAACAGGCCGUUCGACCUGGACGAGGCGGUGCUACGGCGCCUACCCCGGAAGCUGCUGAUCGACCUCCCGACGGAGGCGGACCGGGCGGCGAUCCUGAGGAUCCACCUCAGAGGAGAGGAACUCGACCCGCAGACGGUGUCGAUCGAAGACCUCGCGAAGAGAACGCCGCUGUACUCCGGGUCCGACCUCAAGAACGUGUGCGUGGCGGCGGCGAUGGCGGCGGCCAAGGAAGAGCUGGAGCUGGAGGAGCAGCAGCUGAAGCAACAGCAGACGGAGACCGAGGAGAGUAGUACUAGCAGCAGCAGCCACGAUCCCGACGGUCGGAUGAAGAGGCGCGUCCUCCAGGCGCGCCACUUCGACAAGGCGCUCCGGGAGAUCGCGGCUAGCGUCAGCGAGGACAUGGCAACGCUGACGGCGAUCCGGAGGUUCGACGAGAAGUACGGCGACGGGGGGUCGGCUAGGCACCGCAGGGGGAAGGGGAUGGGGUUCCAGAUCGUGCCCGAGGGCGCGGGGGUGGGGGAUGGUAGGGUUAGGGGUGGUCGGUGAUUAUAUAACUACAGGUACCUAUGUAGGUGCCGACUUGCCUGAAUAUUACGUAGGCUGCUAGUUACGUAUGGAUAUCAAUGAGGUCACGAACUACAUCGUAUGCGACUCGAUUUAUGGCUUAUAUGGGUGUUUGCUACGAAGUAAGGCUGUGUAUAACUGUCUAUGCCCCUUUUCCCUCUUACAAUCUAUCAUUGUGCUUCCGACUUAUUCCUUUGCCUGUAUCUUGGGGUUUCCCUCUACUGACGAGCACGGGGCUAGGUAGCUAUGUUGUCGAUGUAGCUUUGAUUGUCUGGAUUCUAUGUAACCCAUCAUGCAGCCUCAUCUUUCAACCCCGA